GCUGGCUUGGGUCAGCGCUGGGAUCGGGAUUAGAGCUUCCUGCUGAGCUGAGAUCCGGCGUUCGGGGAGAGAUGACGGGGAACGGAGCGAACGACCCCAGGCGGCCGGGGAAAGUACACCGGUACAAAGCCCCAACCACAGAGAGCUCCCCUACUCUAGAUGAUCCUACACCCGAUUACAUGAACCUGCUGGGGAUGAUAUUCAGUAUGUGUGGACUCAUGCUUAAGCUGAAGUGGUGUGCGUGGAUUGCUGUGUAUUGCUCCUUUAUCAGCUUCGCUAAUUCUCGCAGCUCUGAAGACACCAAGCAAAUGAUGAGCAGCUUUAUGUUAUCCAUCUCUGCUGUGGUAAUGUCGUAUCUACAGAACCCACAGCCCAUGUCGCCUCCCUGGUAGCAAGGCUAUGCCAUCCCGGCCUGCAGAAUCUCUUUAUACUGCCUGUCACCCCCAGGUGGGGGGGGUUCUUUUCUCAAUAAAUUAUCUGAUUUUGGAGAAA